GUGGGGAUCUCUUGGUUGGAACUGGCUCUGGUGGUGCAUCUGCGGAUGACUGCGCGGUGCAUCUGCGGAUGUUCGACCAGUGGAUAGCGCUGAUAACUGCUGCGGCGUGGCUUUUUGUUGCCCUAUUGAGGCGCUGCUCUCCGGAUAGGAUUUGGGUGGUACCUUCUCGGUUCAACUGGCAAACAUGUCGAUGGAUUCUGUUUUGUUGGAGUGGUUAGCUUAAAACUGAUGGAGGAGUCAAGUAGAUGUGUGCCGCGCUGGCUAUAUGUCGCGCAUUUGAGGUGUCAUGAGGAUUUAGGUGGCACAUCCUAGUCAGUUUAACCGGCAAGCACGUCACCGGAUUCUGUGUUGCUGAAUUGGAUAGCGUAAACUUAUGAAACCUAGGGAAAUUGAUGAUGAAUGCUAAAGUGCACGUCACUGUUUCAGCGGAGAAAUAACAUGGAGUCAGUUUGAGAGAGUGUGAUCUUCUCUCCACUUGAUUCGAGGCCUAGUUUUCUAUUUGGGUUUGUUAGGCUUGAUAGAUAGGUAGCUUGGGAUUAUUUGCUAAUUCAACAUGGAGGGGGCUCUGGUUCAGUCUGCAAUUGUUCCGACGACCAUAUACAGGAGCAGAUCUGGUCAGUCCCGCGUUCGCGCGAGGGCCACAAUGCUGCGGAGCAUGCCAACAAGGACCCUUAAUCUCGGUGGCUUCCAAGGGCUGCGGCAGACAAACUUUCUGGACACGAGGUCUGUUAUCAAGCAUGACUUUGGAUAUAUCGUAGCAAGUCAGAUUAGACGGCCACGUGGGUCGGCGUCUAGAGGGGUGGUUCGGGCCAUGUUCGAGCGCUUCACUGAAAAGGCAAUCAAGGUGAUUAUGCUUGCACAGGAAGAGGCCAGGCGUCUAGGCCACAACUUUGUUGGGACAGAGCAGAUUUUACUGGGCCUCAUUGGUGAGGGAACUGGAAUUGCGGCAAAAGUCCUUAAGUCUAUGGGAAUCAAUCUUAAGGAUGCCCGAGUGGAAGUUGAGAAGAUUAUUGGACGAGGUAGUGGGUUUGUGGCUGUUGAAAUCCCAUUCACACCUCGAGCAAAGCGUGUAUUGGAACUGUCACUUGAAGAAGCUCGGCAGCUAGGGCAUAACUAUAUAGGAUCUGAGCACUUGCUCCUGGGGCUACUUCGUGAGGGUGAAGGUGUGGCGGCCCGUGUGCUUGAAAGCCUUGGUGCUGAUCCAAACAACAUCCGUACCCAGGUCAUAAGAAUGGUUGGUGAAAGCACGGAAGCUGUUGGUGCUGGUGUUGGUGGAGGAAGCAGUGGCCAGAAGAUGCCCACACUUGAAGAGUAUGGUACUAAUUUGACAAAACUAGCAGAAGAGGGUAAACUCGACCCAGUUGUUGGCAGACAGGAUCAGAUUGAGCGUGUAACUCAGAUUUUGGGCAGGCGAACAAAGAACAACCCCUGCCUAAUUGGAGAGCCUGGUGUUGGCAAGACUGCUAUAGCUGAGGGACUUGCACAGCGUAUUUCCAAUGGAGAUGUUCCAGAAACAAUUGAAGGAAAGAAGGUUAUUACUCUUGACAUGGGGCUUCUUGUGGCUGGUACCAAGUACCGUGGAGAGUUUGAAGAAAGACUGAAGAAGCUUAUGGAGGAAAUUAAGCAAAACGAAGAUAUUAUUCUCUUUAUUGAUGAAGUUCACACUUUGAUUGGAGCAGGUGCAGCUGAAGGUGCAAUUGAUGCUGCUAACAUCUUGAAACCAGCUCUUGCGAGAGGUGAACUGCAGUGCAUUGGUGCCACAACUCUGGAUGAGUAUCGGAAGCACAUUGAGAAAGAUCCCGCAUUAGAGAGAAGAUUCCAGCCAGUUAAAGUUCCAGAGCCAACUGUAGAUGAAACAAUACAGAUCCUAAGAGGACUUCGUGAGAGAUAUGAACUCCAUCAUAAGCUGCGAUACACAGAUGAUGCUUUAGUUGCUGCAGCACAGUUAUCAUAUCAGUAUAUCAGUGACCGCUUCCUGCCUGAUAAAGCUAUUGACUUGAUUGAUGAAGCUGGAUCCCGUGUUAGGCUGAGGCAUGCGCAGCUGCCUGAUGAAGCCAAAGAGCUGGACAAAGAGCUCAGGCAGAUAACCAAGCAGAAGAACGAGGCUGUACGUGGCCAAGAUUUCGAGAAGGCUGGGGAAUUAAGAGACCGGGAAAUGGAGCUGAAGGCCCAAAUUACGGCCAUUAUUGACAAGAGUAAGGAAAUGAUUAAAGCAGAGACUGAAUCUGGUGAAGUUGGUCCUCUUGUCACAGAGGCAGAUAUUCAACAUAUCGUCUCCUCUUGGACUGGAAUACCUGUGGAGAAAGUAUCAUCCGAUGAGUCUGACCGUCUCCUUAAGAUGGAGGAGACACUACAUACACGUAUCAUUGGUCAAGAUGAGGCUGUCAAAGCUAUCAGCCGUGCUAUCCGCCGUGCUCGUGUUGGCCUCAAGAAUCCAAAUCGACCAAUUGCUAGCUUCAUAUUUUCUGGACCAACUGGUGUUGGCAAAUCAGAAUUAGCAAAGGCUCUGGCAGCCUACUACUUUGGGUCAGAGGAAGCCAUGAUCAGGCUUGACAUGAGUGAGUUCAUGGAGAGACAUACUGUGUCAAAACUCAUCGGAUCACCUCCAGGUUAUGUUGGCUACACUGAGGGUGGCCAACUGACUGAAGCUGUUCGUCGCCGUCCAUACACAGUUGUUCUCUUUGAUGAGAUUGAAAAGGCACAUCCAGAUGUCUUCAACAUGAUGCUUCAGAUCUUAGAAGAUGGGAGGCUAACUGACAGCAAGGGACGAACGGUUGAUUUCAAGAAUACGCUGCUGAUCAUGACAUCGAAUGUCGGAAGCAGUGUCAUUGAGAAGGGAGGCCGCAAGAUCGGAUUCGACCUUGACUACGACGAGAAAGACACCAGCUACAACAGGAUCAAGAGCCUGGUGACCGAGGAGUUGAAGCAGUACUUCCGGCCAGAGUUCUUGAACAGAUUGGAUGAGAUGAUUGUGUUCCGGCAGCUGACAAAGUUGGAGGUGAAGGAGAUUGCUGAUAUUAUGUUGAAAGAAGUGUUUGACCGGCUCAAAGCAAAAGAUAUUGACCUCCAGGUCACAGAGAGGUUCCGUGAUAGGGUUGUUGAUGAAGGUUACAACCCGAGCUAUGGUGCCAGGCCUCUGCGGCGUGCUAUUAUGAGGCUUUUGGAAGACAGUCUGGCGGAGAAGAUGCUUGCUGGUGAGGUUAAGGAGGGUGACUCUGCUAUUGUCGAUGUAGAUUCUGAAGGCAAGGUGAUAGUCCUGAAUGGUAGGAGUGGCGUUGCUGAGCCACUGGAACCUGCUUUCAGUGCCUAGCUGUGGCUGAAACCUCGUUCUUGAACCGGCCUUCGCAUCUCAGCGCCUCAUGAAUCAUGAUGAUAAAACUAGAUAUAUGUUGGCAUGUUGCUCCCCUUCCGUUUGGUGCUCUCUUUCCUUGACUGUUUUCCCCCUUUUGGAAGUGAGGCAGUAGAAAUGUUAUGGAAAUGAAUAGACAGAGGCAAAGUGGAUGCUAGAUCUUGAGUUGCUUUGUUUUUGAAAGAAUGUUGGAAACUUUGUUUUCCUUCAAUUACUUGUAUUAUUAGGGCUUGUUUGCAGCAAGAUAUGGAUAUCGCUGCAAUGUUGUACGUAACCUUCCAAUUAUGUAUGAGUACAACUUGAAGCCUCGGAUAACAGUGGUGUAUAAUGGCUACGUCAAGCUGGUUAUUCUAAAGCACUGAUGCCUUGAUGGUA